UCUGCCACCCCCGAGAAGGGGAUCUCGCCGCCUCUUCCUCCUCCUCAGCUUCGCGGGAUCUCCCCGCGGUGCGUCCGCGAAGGGGGUGUGCGCGUGUGUGAGGGAAGCGGCGCGCCCUCCCGCUGCCUCCUCCUCUUCCUUCGCCUCCUCCCGGCGGCUACCCAGAGUGCUGUCGCCGCGGCCGGGCAGGCGCGAAGGAAGCGGCCUCGGCCGUGGUUGUCGUCGGCGCGGUUCUCUUUCCUUCCUUCCCCUCGUCCCUCUCCCGGCUGGUCGUGAGGGAAAAGGGCGACGUCCGGCUCGCGGGCCCCGGCUGAGGAAACGGCGGCGCGGCCCAGCAUGCGAGUGUGAGAUGCUUCCCCCGGCGGCAGCGGCUCCUGACUGGGCCCAGGUGGCUUCGGCGGCCCCCGCGCCGUGGAUGCGACUCCGGAGCCGGCGCUUCGCCUUCCACAAACAUUUCUAUAGGACUCAUUCGCCCUGCUGAGGGGGAGGAAAAUUGGUCAGGAGCGAAGCGAACCCGUCAGAAACCAGGCUCGGGCCUAGCCCGGCCGGUCUUUCUUCCCCCCGCGCGCCCGUUUCCUUCCCUCUCCCUCAUGGAGCCCGCCGGCCGAGCCCCGCCGCUCAGCGCCACCCAGCUGGGUCGCCUGAGGGACGAGCACGGAAAGGUGGUCACUAGCUGCCAAGAAAAAAUUCAGCACUGGAAGAAGGUGGAGAGCGACUAUGAAACUCUUCAAGAGCGACUGAAUACAUUGCCAGAUAAACUCUCAUAUGAUAUCAUGGUACCUUUUGGUCCUCUUGCUUUUAUGCCAGGAAGACUGGUCCACACCAAUGAAGUCACAGUUCUUCUUGGGGACAACUGGUUUGCAAAAUGUUCAGCAAAGCAAGCCAGCGGUUUAGUGGAACACAGGAAAAAACAUGUCAGGAAAACACUGGAUGAUUUGCAAAAAGUUAUGUGGAAUUUUGAGUCCAGAGUUGAAUUUACUGAAGAUUUGCAGAAGAUGAGUGAAGCAGCAGGCGAUUUUGUUGAUAUAAGAGAAGUAUCUGAAAGCAAUGGCACCGAAACAAAAGGAAAGCGUAGAACUGCUCACAGACCUCAUUCAAAGCCCAAAGCAGAUGCUUUUCAGGCACAUAUUCAAGAAAAUGGAACUGGUGAAAAGUUCAGUGGGGACAUGAAAUCCGAGUCAGAACUUUGGGCAAGACUCGAUGAACUUGAGAGGCAAGAAGAGAUCCAUGGUGAACUUUACAGGACCUCUAAUGUUUUUGAGGCAAAUGGAGAAGAUGCAUUCUCCUCUGAGGAAGAGAGAGAAGACAAGAAGACAGCUGUGAAUGUGGUCCAUGAUGAAGAAGAUGCUAAUAUUCAGGGCAACGUUCAGAAAGAAAUAACCAACUCUGAAUUGUUUGGAGGUCAAGCUAACGGUGCAAGUCAUUAUCGUAGCGAUGAUGAGGAUGAAUUUGCCAUUUCGGAGGAUGCUGUACCAACAAUAUAUUUCUCCCAUACUGUGGAACCUAAAAGGGUACGAAUAAACACAGGAAAAAAUACCACCUUGAAAUUCAGCGAAAAGAAAGAAGAAGCCAAGCGUAAGCGGAAGAAUAGCAAUGGCAAUGGGCACUCGAAUACCGAAUUGCCCAACAUCAAAACACCAGCGGACAUUUACAGAGUCUUUGUUGAUGUUGUGAAUGGGGAAUAUGUCCCUCGUAAAUCAAUUUUGAAGUCUCGAAGCCGGGAGAAUAGUGUUUGUAGUGACACCAGUGAAAGCAGCACUGUCGAGUACGAUGACAGACGGGGAGUUCUGAGGAGUAUCAGCUAUGAGGAAGCUGCCUACAGUGAUAACGGGGAAGGGAUCUUGGAAGAAGAGGAGGAGGAAGGGGAACAGGAGAACCUGUCCAAAAAGAUGCCAUCUUCCCCAUCGGGAAGUUACGAGGCUUUUUCGGGAACGGUUGUGGAGAAAGAUCCCUUGUGUCUCGUUUCCACACCACACCCCAUAAUCGCCCAUCCCGUCCUACCCACCAUUCCGGAGCGAAAAACUGAGGAAAGUCUCUCUGAAACAUCGGAAGAAACUACAAAGAGAGUUUCGAAGUUCAAAGCUGCCAGAAUGCAACAGAAGACCUAGGCCCGAUUUAGUUUGGAUUGGAACACUGAGCGCUGCAGUUAGAUGGGACGGCUUACAUUUAGCUAGUUUUUUUUUUUUUAAAGGCAGACUGCAUUGGGUUGACUUUGUUCAUGUUGAGACCUCUGAUGGUGGCAUUUCCUUUAAAAAAAAUCUGUGAAGAAACACUUCAAAACUCACCUUAUUUUUUUAAUACCCUUGUAUGCAGUCUGCACCUUUGUACAUGUUUGCCUUAUGAAAACAGCACUUGGAAUACUUUUCAAAAAGAGUACUCUUCAUAAGGCUUUUGUGUGCGUGAGUGUGUGUGUGUUUAAACCUAAAUACAAGCCGUUUUGUACCAGAUGUGAUGUUCUAUGUACCAUAUGGGUCGUUUGAAAGAAACUUUGCAACUUUCAAACGGAGCCAACAAUUAUAUUUCAUGACUUGCGUUUAGCGUUGUGAGACUCGCUUAGCAUCCUCCGCUCAUUGUUUUUGUUUUGUUUUCGGUAGGGUUUGCUUUUAGGUGUCUGCUGACGAAUCAUUUCUUUCCUACUAGCAUAAAACCUCUGAUAACUUUACUUGUAUAGAAUAUGAAACAGAACGCUGUAUUCACGUACUUUGCAGGGACGUUUCUUUGAUGGAAAAUGGUAUUUUGUAAAAUUAAAACUUUUCAAGUAAAAAA